AUGGUAACAUGUUUGACAUUUCCUAUUAUUAUCGGAUGCAAGAUUUAUAAUUGGUAUUAUCCAAAUUGGAAUAAUCAUCCAAUUGUAAAAACGCUUAAAAAAUUCACAAACAGAGAUGGUGACUUGAAUAGAAUUGUCUAUGAUAUUAAUAGCGAAUACAAAAGUGUAAAUAAAAUAAUUAUAAAAAUCAAUGCCUUGACUAAAAUAAUAGCUACAGAUAAUUGGAUAGUUAAAGUUUCUCCUUAUAAUUUAAAUUUAGCUCAUCAAAGUGAUGCUUCAUUGAGCGUAAGUGCUUGCGAUUCACAUUUGUAUGUGCCUAACAGACCUGAAGGUAGUCAAUGUCUCACAAUUGAUGUGAAAAGCACCAGGCCAAAUGUUGAAUCUUUUCAAAUAAGAAUUAACUCAUCUGAUUUUAAAGAUCUUCAAGAAAAAAUGAUAAGGCCCAUACAUAUAUUAACAAAUGUUGUAUUGCUUGAAAAUUUGACGGAUAGCUUUUUAACUGUGUUCAAAGAACAAAUCAAACAAAAUCCAACAGUUUUAGCACCAGAGAACCUUGAUGUUUGCAUUGGUUGCCUAUUGACAGAGCCAAAUGUUAAAUUAAUGACAUCUUGCGGAGAUACAUCGAGUGUAAAUAAGUGCACCAUGUGCUACUGCAAGCCUCUAUGGUGCGAAGAUUGUUUAGGAAAAUGGUUUGCAUCUAGGCAAGAUCAAGAUAAACCAGAAAAUUGGCUGUCUUCGAAAUGUACUUGUCCUAUGUGCAGGAGUACAUUUUGUUUGUUAGAUGUUUGCUUGUUAGUGCCUAGAUCGGAAACAACUCAAGAACAAACGAGAAAUUGA